AUGCGUCUUCUGGAGUUGAAGGACAACGGCCAGUUCAGCCUCUCAAAGGACUUUGUCCACGAGGUCCCUCCUUAUGCGAUACUCUCGCAUACUUGGGGAGCAGAUGAUGAAGAGACGAAGAUCGGGUACAGAAAGAUUGGAAAACAGGCAGCUCGCGAUGAUCUGCACUAUUUCUGGGUGGAUACAUGUUGCAUUGACAAAGCAAACAGCACCGAGUUAUCAGAAGCAAUAAAUUCGAUGUUUAGAUGGUAUCAGGAUGCUGUCAUCUGCUACGUAUACUUGUCGGAUGUUAAGAGCGACUCGGAAUUGGAGCACAGUAGAUGGUUCAAGCGAGGAUGGACACUGCAAGAACUUCUAGCGCCGAAGGAUUUGACUUUCUACAACCAUGAAUGGCAGCGCAUAUCCAGAUCUAAUUUAACCUUGACCAAUUCUCGAAUCACUGGCAUUCCUAAAAGGAUACUCUUCCGCGAUAUUGUAGGGGAAUACAGUGCGGCACAGAUCAUGUCAUGGGCUGCUGGCCGAGAAACCACACGAGAAGAAGACAUUGCAUACUGUCUUCUCGGGCUGCUUGGUGUAAACAUGCCUCUAUUGUACAGCGAAGGCGCGCGGGCAUUCCAACGACUUCAGCAAGAGUUCAUAAAGACAUCGACUGAUCAUUCUCUAUUUAAUUGGCAGGGAAAUGGAGUAGAACGAGGGCCAUUCGCACGGUCUCCUGCAGAGUUUCAAGAUUGUAAUUAUGUCUCUAUUGGAAAGCAACCUUCACUGGAAUUCUUGAUGACAAACAGAGGUCUACGUAUUAGUCUUCCCCUAAUGAGCCUUGGAGAUGGGAACGUGGCUGCAGUCUUGAACUGUUAUGGUCUGGGUGGCUUCCGACUUGCUAUAUAUCUCAAAAAUGUCCGUGAUGAUGUAUAUCGCCGAGUUCGGAGCACGGAAAUGAUUCGCAGGCUCGACCGCAAUGCAACGAUACCUCUUCCAAGGACGAUAUCCAUCGAAUCUGCUGUUCCACGUCUGUUCGGCCGAGAUCGCCAGACGGUACAAAGCACCGGGUUCCAAUUUCAAGUAAAUUUCGAAGCUGCUUCGAGGUUGGGCUUCCGCCUUAAGCACUGUAGCCCAGGUAAGGUUCGACGAAAGUACGGCCAUAUUGGAUUAUUUGAGAUUGAGACAUGUAUAGAUCUCAUGGUGGACUGCAGUGGCGAGUACAGCGGUCUCCUGUUCAACAACGUAGAGAAGAACAGAGGUCGCUUCGUUAUGAUAGCAGAUAUUCACAAGUGGAAAUUGUGGUUAGAUAUCACAAAAAUUGGUACAGACGAAACCUUCGAAAGUGUUAUGGAGGAAUAUUACCACUAUAGCAAAGCCCAUAACUUUAAUGCUGAUAGGUGUAGAUGUCACUGGCCAUGGGAAGCUUUGAACCGUGUUUCAUUCUCACUUUGCUGUGGCUUGUUGGUUGAAGCAUGCGUCAAGAGUGGAGAGGUGGAAAAUCAGUUUAAAGUAGAAUUACUUGUGAAAGAUGGCUUAGAUUGA